AAGUCAAAGUUUGACACACAAGAGGGUGCAUCUACACCUAAAGAACGAGAAGCCAUCAUGCAGAGAGUAAAACAGAGCCUGGCUGAUGCUAUUCAGGAAAAGCUUUGUGCUGAGGGCUGCACAACAACAGUGAAGUUGGAUGACAUCUUCCUCAUCAGUGGCAAGUGGGAAGAUGUCAUGCGAGGAGCCUAUGACAUGGUCCGACUAAGACAGGCUAUGAUGAAAGAACUGAGUGAACUUCAGAAGCAGGCAUUCAUCAUGCUUUGCCGAGACUACUCCCCAAAGAUGAUCUCUAUCAAGUCAGCACUCCUGAAGCAGAUGGUGUGGACACAGGCUGUCCAGUCAGGGGCACUCAGACCGUGGUCUGGACUCAUGGUGGACACACCAGUAGACCUCGAGAAGAUCAGGAAAUUCUGUGGAGUGUACAAGCAGUGCUUUGGCCUAGAUGAGGCUUCCCUGGAAGACUUGGCAGAGUUGUCUGCAACGAAUAAGGAAAGUAUCCAAGAGUCUGCAGAACACAAACUCCCCAUGUGUAAUGGUCUAUUGGGUACAACUGAUCCCCCGCCCCCAUCCUCCAUCCGUGGCCUUGUUGGUAUGGUGGCAAGUGAUGGCAGCACUCUCAUGACCCUUGAAAUUGCAAAUUAUUCAUUUGAAACAGCUCUUAACUAUGUGACAGUAUUUGAAGGAAAAGCCAUGCAUGUUAUUGCACAUUUCUUGCGUAAAAUCAUCUCUGAGCAGGCAGAAUGUGCACAGGCACUGCAUGAGGAACUUUUCCUUACCAAAUGAUGUACCUUGUGUUCUCCUUGUCUUAAAUCAACUGUUGUGUAAGGAGAAUUUUGAAUUCUGUGUCCCUGAUCCAUAGAAUACAAAAUCUGAUUUGAUAAUUGUUACAAACAUCUGCAUAUUAAAGACUUUGCUGUUUUCUACCAUUCUUAUUGGCUUCGGUAUAAGGAUGCAGGGAUGCUAAAUGAUUAUCUAGUAUUAUCAUGAUAUUGCUGCUGUCAGAUGACACAGACCCUGCCACUCCAGAUAACAUCUGUACCUUAAGGUGCACUCUCACUGCACUUGUGUCAAGCUUGUGUCAAUGGGGGGUUCGUUCACUGCAUGACUGUUUUGUUAUUUUCUCUUUUACAAUUUGGAUAUUGCGUAACACGUAAAAGUCAUGAUGAUUUAGAACACGACAAAAUACACAAAAAGUAAGAAAAUUUGUUCUUUAUCACUGAAAUUCGAUGAGUAUCUUUCAAACCCCGCAGUGACGCAAGCGUGACCCAAGUGCAGUGAGAGUGCACCUUUACAAGCCUGCUGUCAAAAAAACAGGAGCACCUUGGGCUAGCAAACUGGUCAUUCACAACCACUGUUCCUGUCAUGGGAUUCGUGGGAAGGCACUGUUGUUGCCUACUUCCUUUGUAAGAUGAUUGAUGAACAAGCAGUCAAUGUGCACAGGAAUUGCACAAGUUUGGCUUCCAUAAAUGAGACUGAUUAAUUUAAAGAAUCUGGGUCCAUACAAAUGUAUGAUUGGCCAACAACAACAUUCCAUUAUUUGUGCCUUCACAUUAAUAUUUAAUAAUUAUACGACUUCAAAUUUGGUAACGUGCAGGUUGGAAGAAUGUGCCUAGAUUAUUUUGUCCACUUCUUUUGGAUGCAUUUUUCAAAAUGAUUUUCAUUAUGCAUUUGUAUAAGAAUUUUGUAAGUUGCAUGUUUUACAUGCCCAAUGAUAUUACCUGUUAAGUUACUUCUGGAGAUACUAAAUAUCAGCACAUAAAUGAUUCUACAAUCAAGUUUGCAUGUAAAAUGGUUAUUUGGCAAUUGUCCAUUUUUGCAACAAGUUAAAGUUAAAAUGGUCUAUUUCUGCAAGAAGUUUAAUUGAUGUUGCAAUUAUAGUCUAUUUUGUAUGCUUGAAAAAAUACCAUAAUUGAAGAGUUAGAGGUUAACGUUUUUUGAAGGAGCCAGCACAGAGCAGUUAGUAUGUGUAUGAUGCUCAAGGUUUCCACAUGUUUCACACAGUAUCUUCCACAAACUAUGAGAAAAUAGUGACCAUUAACAUUGGUGAAUAUAUUGUUUAAAAAAAAAUAUGGCUGAAACUGCUGAGAAGUAAAAUGUGAUAAAUAUACCAGUAUGUAAAUCAUCUUAUAGCCAUCAAACCAUACAUAUUGUCAAUGAUAUAAGUUGAAUACAUUUUGUAUAAUAAUCUUAUUAAUGUGUGAAAAGCAAUAAUCUGCAGUACUAAAUUGACAACACAUAACCUGUACAUCUGAAUAUCUGAAGUAGCCGAAUGAUUGCUUUUAACAUUCCAUAUUGUAACCUCACAUUAUAGUAGGAUGACUGAAUACCUUUUAUGAAUACACCAUUUUAAGUAUAACAAAUUUUGAUCAAAUUGUCACAGUGGUAGAAAUGCUAUAUUUUAACAAAGUGUGGUAAUGAAAAUUGUAACAUGUUUAGAAGGAAUUCUGCAGUUGCUAUGCAAAAUGUGAUGCGGAAACACAUUUCAAAAUCAAGAGAAGGAAUUCCAAGGGACUGACAUGUUUCUUAUUAGUUAUGACAUGAGGCCUGAUUUCAUUGUUUAAGCCCUAUACAGAUUCAUUAUUGACACUCCAAAAAUAUAGGGAUUUUAGAUAUAAGUUAAAUACAAAAUUAUUAUGAUCUUUACAAAAUACAGGGCAGGGUAAUAAUACUAAAUACACGUACAUUAGCUUUAACUGCAAUUUGCAGGAUAUAAAAUCUAAGUACUGAGUAUCUCAUGUAUCUGCUUAAUAAGUAUAUUAUACAUACUGUAAGAAUAUAUGUACAAUGUCAUGGGAAAUGUAACUUUCAUAUAAUUACUAGACUUGAUUUUAUCAUUAUGGGGUCUAUUGGGCAAUUCAUAUUUUACAAAAUAGUAAUUGUGUAUAGUACAAUACAAUAAUCUGCACAAGGAAUUAAACAGCUGAAAGCUUUGUAGGUGACUGACUGUAUUCUCUCCAUUCAUUGUCAUAUUCAACUUCCCAAGGACAGUGUACAUCAUUUGGUACACAGUAUACACAUAGACCUUUACCUAAACUAAGGCCUGACUGUGCAUUGAUAUAACAUAAAACCACAAUUUGUUACGACUUUUUCCAAAUGAUUUUUUCGGGGGUGGGGUUGGUAAGGUGAUCACAGGUAGGAAAAAUCUCUUCAUACUUUGAAAGCAGGCCUUUCCUCUGUGUGACAUGACCUUAAUCAUUAUUGAAUAUUUCCUCAUACAGUAUUUGUGCACACUCAGACUGUUCAGCAAUCAUGAUCUUUUGCAAGAAAUAAGCCACAACAUGCACAGCUUUCUCUUUCAAAGGACCACAGUUCACUGUUGUUUCAAAUGAGUGAUUUGCAAGUUCAAGGGUCAUAAGAGUGCUGCCGUUUUGGGCCAUCAUGCUAACAAGG